AUGGCGGCGGCGGUGCUGGGGCGCGCGGCGGGCGGGGCGCGGCGAUGGCGGGCGCUGGCGUUGCCGCGGCGCGGCAGCGCUGGGCUGGCGGUGGACGACACGGUGAACGGGCUGAGCGCCGAGCAGCGCCAGCUUAGACAGACCAUGACAAAGUUCUGCCAAGAGCAUUUGGCUCCAAAGGCCCAACAGAUUGACCAGGAAAACGAAUUCAAAGGCAUGCGGGACUUUUGGAAGAAACUUGGAGAAUUGGGAGUUCUGGGAAUCACAGCCCCUGCGGAAUACGGUGGCUCUGCCCUGGGGUACCUGGACCACGUGCUGGUGAUGGAGGAGAUCUCCCGAGCGUCAGCGUCCGUGGGGCUCAGUUACGGGGCCCACUCCAACCUGUGCAUCAACCAGCUCGUGCGCAACGGCAACGAGGCCCAGAAGCACAAGUACCUGCCCAAGCUAAUCAGCGGGGAGCACAUUGGAGCCUUAGCCAUGAGCGAGCCAAAUGCUGGCUCUGAUGUUGUGUCCAUGAAGCUGAAAGCAGACAAGAAAGGAGACUUCUUUGUUUUGAAUGGGAACAAAUUCUGGAUCACCAACGGGCCGGAUGCGGAUGUUCUCAUCGUCUACGCUAAAACUGACAUGAACGCUGUCCCGGCCUCCCAAGGCAUCACCGCCUUCAUUGUGGAGAGGGGAAUGCCAGGUUUCAGGACAGCCCAGAAGCUGGAUAAGCUGGGAAUGAGAGGGUCUAAUACCUGUGAAUUGAUCUUUGAAGACUGCAAGGUCCCCGUUGAAAAUGUCUUGGGGACACUGAGCAAAGGAGUCUAUGUUCUGAUGAGUGGAUUGGACCUGGAGAGGCUCGUGCUGUCUGGAGGCCCCCUGGGGCUCAUGCAAGCUGUUCUUGACCAUGCAAUUCCAUACCUGCAUGUCAGAGAAGCAUUUGGACAGAAAAUUGGUCACUUCCAGCUCAUGCAGGGCAAGAUGGCGGACAUGUACACGCGGCUCAUGGCCUGCCGGCAGUACGUCUACAACGUGGCCAAAGCCUGUGACCAGGGCCACUUCAACGCCAAGGACUGCGCCGGAGUGAUCCUGUACUCAGCAGAGUGUGCGACACAGGUGGCCCUGGAUGGGAUCCAGUGCCUGGGUGGGAACGGUUACAUCAAUGACUACCCCAUGGGGCGCUUCCUGCGUGACGCCAAACUCUACGAGAUCGGGGCGGGCACCAGCGAGGUGCGCAGGCUCGUAAUCGGCAGGGCCUUCAACGCCACCUUCAAGUAAUGCCACCACUACAGAGGCAGCACCACAACCACCAUGAGGCCUUGACCAUGAGGCUGGAGCGCACAACUUGGCUUCUUCCUGCCUGCCAUUCCAGCUUUGUCACUUGUGGAGUCCCCUCUGCCUGCUCUGGCAACAGAUGCUGCUGGAUUGGGCUUGGACAAAAUGAAUCAGAGGGUACAUGGAAGAAGUGUUUUUUCUUUUUUCUUUUUUCUUUUCAGGAAUCAUCCUGAUUCAUGGUGUUCAUGAGCUGUUGAUUCUCAAUUUUGCAAGGCAGACUUUCAUCCCCCCCACCAGACAGGCUGGCAAGGGGUGUGCAGCCACUGCACACAGAAAGUCAACCCAAACCCACCAACAUGGACAAUGAGGGAACAACUUUGUUCUUACCAAAAAGCCCUGAGUGCCAUUAAACAGUUAGAAUUUAGCAUAUUGCCAUUGGAAGGUGAAACUUCUACUGAGACCUUCCAAUGGGACUAUACCUUCCAUUAUGGGAACCUGACACCAACUAUAUUGAGGGGUUGUUCUCAUGAACACUUAAAGUCAUCUGUGCACAAGCAGCGUUUUAGGUGCUGAUUCCUAAAACCUCCUUAAAUCCCAUGUGUGUUGCUUUGCAGAAUUCCUUUCCUAUUUGCAGCUUUCCUAUUUGCAGCUUUCCUAUUCUGGCUGCUUCUGGAGUUAUUUGGGUCCAGGCCCAAGUCCUUGCUGCGCUGACUGACUGCUCCCACCAGGUCAUUCUCUCAGAGUCGUCACCAUCCGUCACUCUGGGGACAAGUUAACACAUCAGAGCUGUGUUGUGACAUCUGUGAAUGAAGCAGGCAGAAAGAGCUGAUUUCUUUGGGGUUUGGUUCCAUCUGAAGGUUGUUGUUUUGGCCAAGCCUGUCCUCACACUCCAAACUGUGGGCAGCUGAGCAAUGUGUUUGUGAGUGAUCUCAGUGCAUCUUGUAUCCAGCAAAUCAGGGCUUAUCCAGCUUUAUAAAGGAAAUUGUCCAGCAUCCUGCCAGCCUUUAAGUGUGAAUCACAAAUGGAAAUGGGCUGCUGGAAAUGUGAUUGAACAGUUAAUUAAACCGUUGCCAUGUAGGCAGCUCCCAGCAGUUUUAACAAAACUCACCUUCAACUGUGUGUAUUUCUUUGGUUAUAGUUGACUCUUGUCUAUACCAGGUGACAGUAGACUAGAAUUUUAAAAUGCCACAGAUUGAAGACUGUUCACUUCUCUGGAUUGCCAGGUAGGUCACCAAGAGUUUAUAAAAGUCACAAAGAGUCAGAAAGAGCUUCUGAAGUCCUGGUGGUAGCACCUUCCUCCAAAGCUUCAUAUUUAUUCAGCCUCAGUGGGUGGCUGUCACUCAGGAAAUGUCCCAGGGUUUAAUUUUCAGCCUAAAUCUCUGGAUAGAGGGUGGACAGAGGUGCUUUGUCAGGAAUAUUUUGUUGACCUGCAUCUGAAAAUGCUGUGGAAGUGAAUCUUAAGGUGUACUUCAUAAAGGAGAUACUCAGUGCAUUGGUGUCCACAGAUGUAAGAAUUUAGUUAUGUGACCAGACAUUUAUGUUUUGUCACAAAAUUAAUCUUGGACCACUGUUAAGAUGCAUUCCUGCCAGAGGAGCUUUUCUAGGAAGUGUCAGAGCCUUGACAGGAUGGUGUGAGAUUCAGAUUGUUAAAAUUAGGUUUUCUAAGGUGGAAGGAACCCAGAGAUUUUUAAACCUGUCCUUCAGCAUUGGAGAGGUCUGGUUUUAAUACACAUAAUAAAUAAUACCUUCACUUUCCAGGCUGAUCAGCA